CUCUGUAGCAUUUUGAAAACAGAGGAAGUAGUAAAGUAAAGUAAAAGCGCAUCAUAGAAUCUGAAUAAACUUAUUGCGUGCGUGUUCAAUGAGAAUCCCAAAUCUGUGCCUCUGCCUCUGCCUCUGUUAAUGACAGGUUCAGAGGGAAACGGUGACGUUUUUCCAUGGCUGAAAUCGAUGCCUCUGGCGCCGGAGUACAGGCCAAGCGUGGCGGAGUUCCAAGAUCCAAUUGGUUACAUUUUCAAGAUCGAGAAGGAAGCUUCAAACUACGGCAUCUGCAAAAUCAUUCCACCGUUUCCACCUUCUUCAAAGAAAACCGCCAUCGCCAACCUGAACCGCUCACUUCCGAACCCUACAUUCACCACUCGCCAGCAGCAGAUCGGCUUCUGUCCCCGGAAACCCCGUCCGGUUCAGCGUCCGGUUUGGCAGAGUGGGGACCACUACACCUUUCAGGAAUUCGAAGCCAAAGCCAAAUCCUUCGAGAAAACUUACCUCAAGCUCAAGCGCCAUAACAAGAAGGGACAGGGACAGGGACAGGGACAAGCACAAGGACCGCUUGAAACUGAGACACUCUUUUGGAAGGCCACCGUUGACAAACCCUUCUCCGUUGAGUAUGCUAACGACAUGCCGGGUUCCGCCUUCGCCGCCGCGAAAUGUAGGGACUCAGGGGAUCCCCCUGCGACUCUUGCUGACACUGCUUGGAACAUGAGAGGGGUUUCUAGGGCCAAUGGUUCUCUCUUGAGGUUCAUGAAGGAGGAGAUUCCUGGUGUCACUUCCCCUAUGGUUUAUGUUGCCAUGUUGUUCAGCUGGUUCGCUUGGCAUGUCGAGGAUCAUGACUUGCACAGCUUGAAUUACCUCCAUAUGGGUGCUGGCAAGACCUGGUAUGGUGUGCCCCGUGAUGCCGCCGUUGCGUUUGAGGAGGUUGUUAGGGUUCAUGGCUAUGGUGGAGAGAUAAACCCUCUUGUGACAUUUGCUAUUCUUGGUGAGAAAAACACGGUGAUGUCGCCCGAAGUAUUUAUUAGUGCAGGUGUUCCAUGUUGCAGGUUAGUGCAAAAUGCUGGGGAAUUUGUUGUGACAUUUCCAAGAGCCUAUCACACAGGGUUUAGUCAUGGUUUUAAUUGUGGAGAGGCAGCUAACAUUGCAACACCUGAGUGGUUGAAUGUUGCUAAAGAUGCUGCUAUUCGGAGGGCUUCAAUAAAUUAUCCUCCCAUGGUUUCACAUUUCCAGUUACUUUAUGACCUUGCCUUAGCUUUGUGUUCUAGAAUCCCUGGGGGCAUAAGUGCUGAACCACGGAGUUCUCGUCUUAAAGAUAAGAAGAAGGGUGAAGGAGAAACUGUAAUCAAAGAACUAUUUGUACAGGAUGUUUUACAAAACAAUGAUCUGCUUUAUGAACUUGGGAAAGGAUCUGCUAUAGUACUUCUUCCUCGUAGCUCAGUUGACAUUUCUGUUUGCUCAAAAUUACGUGUUGGAUCCCAACAACUAAAAGUGAACCCUGGGUUUUCCCUCAAUUUAUGCAAUUCAAAGGGAAUAAAUUCCUCAAAAGGUUUUGUUUCUGAUGAUCUGGUGUUCAACAGGAAUCAUGGAAUCAAGCAAGAAAAAUGUUUCUAUUCUAUGAAAGACAAAUUUACUACAUUGUGUGAAAGGAACAGGAUUUCCUCAUUCAAUGCAAAUGGUAACAUAUGCACUUCAAGUUCUAAGCCACUGCAAAGAGAUAUUGAAAGAGAAAUUAGUCAAGGAGAUGGGUUGUCAGAUCAGAGACUGUUUUCAUGUGUCACAUGUGGAAUAUUGAGCUUUUCCUGUGUUGCUAUUGUACAGCCUAGAGAACCAGCAGCUAGAUAUCUUAUGUCAGCUGAUUGUAGCUUCUUUAAUGAUUGGAUUGUUGGUUCUGGAGUAUCUAGCAAUAAAUUUACUAUUUCCCAUCAAGAUGCUACUGUUCCUGAUCCAAAUAUGUAUACAGGGUGGAUGAAAAAGAAUGACCAAGAUGGUUUAUAUGAUGCUCUAGUUCAAUCUGCUCAAUACCGGAAACAAACUGCAAAUCGAAAUUAUGAGGAGGCUUUAAAUACUGAAAAAGAAAAAGGCAAUACUGCUCUGGCAUUAUUGGCUUCAGCAUAUGGAAAUUCUUCAGACUCUGAGGAUGAUCAGGGUGACCCAGAUAUUGCAAUUGACGGUCAUGAAUCAAAUGUGAUAAACUCUAAAUCAGGAAAACUACCUUCUAAUUUUCAAGAUUUUCAUGCUAGUUCCGUGACUAAAAUUGACAUGGGAGAUGAUGUUCCUUCAAAGAGUGCCAAUCAUGAAGAUUAUAUGCAUCACAGAUUUGAGUGUAAUUUGAGUCAUCAGUCUUUUGAUCACACUUUUGAGAAACAGGAUUGUGAUAUUAUUUCAGGGUUUACAUUUAAAAAUAUGAGGGAAGUGCUGAAUUCCACCUCUAAUUGUUCCCAAGAUGCUCAUGAUUCUGAAAAGUCAUUGUCAGUCAAGGCUAUGGUUCCCGUUGAUAAGAAAAAUGCUUCAUUGGUGCCACAAUCUGAUGAAGACUCAUCUAGAAUGCAUGUAUUCUGUCUAGAGCAUGCUGCAGAAGCAGAGAAGCAACUUCGUCCAAUAGGUGGAGCCCACAUAUUGCUCCUAUGUCAUCCAGAUUAUCCCAAGAUAGAGGCUGAAGCAAAGUUUGUGGCAGAAGAUUUGGGGAUUGGUUACAUGUGGAAGAAUAUUGCAUACAAGCAUGCCACCAAAGAGGAUGAGGAGAUGAUCCAGUCAGCUCUGGAUAGCGAGGAAGCUAUUCCUGGGAAUGGGGACUGGGCUGUAAAGCUAGGAAUCAAUCUCUUUUACAGUGCAAAUCUUAGCCGCUCUCCUCUUUAUAGUAAGCAGAUGCCUUACAAUUCUGUUAUAUAUUAUGUAUUUGGGCGUAACUCUCCAGCAAGCUCACCCAUACAACCAAAGGUCUAUCAGAGAAGAGCCAACAGGCAGAAAAAGGUAGUUGCUGGGAAAUGGUGUGGAAAAGUUUGGAUGUCCAAUCAGGUCCAUCCCCUCUUAGCAAAAAGAGAUUCUGAAGAUGUUGAGGAUGAGAAAAGCUUAUAUGGGUGGAUAUUACCUGAUGAGAAAAUUGAGAGAUCGGAAAGUACCCACAAAGGCGAAACUAGUAUCAGAAAAUCAGGCAGGAAAAGGAAAAUGACUGUAGAAAGUGGACGAACCAGGAAAGGCAGUUUUGUCGAGAGAGAUGUGUUUUCGGAUAAUUCCACUGAAGAUAAACCCAACCCUCAGCCAAGGAGGAUUCUUAGAAAUAAGCAAGCCAAGCAUAUUGAGAGAGAUGGUGCAGCUUUGGUUGGAGAUUAUUCUCCUCCAUAUCAUCAUAGAAAACCUAUAAGCAAGCAAACAAAUUGCACUGAAAGUGAUGCAGUUUCUGAUGAUUCACAUGAUGAUAAUUAUCAUAUGCGGCGCAGGAGGAAUGUUAAUGUCAAAAAAGCUAAAUUUAUUUACAAUGAUGUGGUUUCAGGUGAUACAGUGAACUAUGAUUCCGAUUGGCAGCAGAGGGGAGAACUUAGCAGCAAGGAAGUUGAAGACACAGAGAGAGAUGCAAUUUCAGAGGAUUCUUUGGAUGUUGGUUCUCCUCAGCUGCAUAGGAAGACUUCUCAAAGCAAGCAUGCCAAAUACAUUGAAGAAGAUGUGAUUUCUGAUGACCAAAUGGAGAAUCCUUUUCAGAAGCAGCAAAGGAGAAUUCCUAAAAGCAGGCAAGGCAAAUCCCUUGCUGAAAAGGAUAUAAUGAUAUCUGAUGAUAACCUGGAGCUGAACAUCCAGAAGAAGCAGCAGAGGAAUCCUAAAAGCAGGCAAGCCAAAUGCCUUACUGGAGAGGACAUUAUAUCAGACGACCAACUGGAGGGCCAUUAUCGCAAGUAUCGAAGAAGGACUCCUAAAGGCACGCAAGCCAACUGCGAAGCAGGGGAAGAUGUAAUGUCUGACAACCAAUUGGAGGAUUGCUUUCAGAAGCAGGUAACAAGUUUUUCUAGGACAAGGCAAAAUAAAGGCAUUGAUAGAGAAGUUAAAAAUGUAAUCCAAUUGGAGGAUCACUUUCAGAAGCAGCAGAGAAGAUUUCCCAGGAGCAGGCAAAACAAACGCAUUGAUAGAGAAGUUAUGGAUGACUCGGCUGAAAGUAUUUCUCAUCUGCUGCAUAGAACUCCUAAAACGAAGCAAGCUAAAUGCAUGAACGAAGAUGAUAUGCAUUCAGAUGAUGAAAUGGAAGAUGAUUCUCUUCAGCAGCACAGGAGAACUCUUCGAAGUAAACAAUCUAAACCAAAGACACUUAAAGAGAUGAAACAAGCUAACCCUCCCCAAGUGAAAAACCAGACAUUGCGGCCUGUAAAACGAGGGGCUCAGAUCCAGAUGAAAUCAAAGGCUCCUCAGCAAAUAAAGCAGCCUUCUCAUUUACGGAAUAAACAAUCUGGUAACUCCAGAGAGUUAUGUUUACAUAUGGAUGUGGAGGAAGAUGGUGGACCUAGCACACGCCUUAGGAAGAGAGUCCCAAAAGCUCAGGAGUCGGAAGGAAAAUCAAAGGACAAGCAAACCAAAAGGAAAAAGGUGAAGAAUGCUACAGCGGCAAAGGUUUCAGCUGGCCAUGCCAAAAUGAAGGAUGAGGAAGCAGAAUACCAGUGUGACAUUGAGGGGUGCACCAUGAGUUUUGGGUCAAAACAGGAGCUAGUGCAUCAUAAGAGAAAUAUCUGUCCUGUAAAAGGGUGUGGGAAGAAGUUUUUCUCACACAAAUAUCUGGUGCAGCACCGUCGAGUUCAUGAGGAUGACAGGCCCCUAAAGUGCCCUUGGAAGGGGUGCAAGAUGACUUUCAAGUGGGCAUGGGCUCGUACUGAACAUAUUCGAGUCCACACUGGUGCGCGUCCUUAUGUCUGUGCUGAGCCAGGCUGUGGGCAAACAUUCAGAUUUGUGUCUGAUUUCAGUCGUCAUAAGCGAAAGACUGGUCAUUCAACAAAGAAGACUCGUUAAUAGCAAGUGUAAUAGAUGUGAUUGUUACUUAACAUGGUUUAUGAAUUUAAUGAAUCCAUUGCUCAAUUGACCGGGCUAGGACUAGGUUUUACAGACAGUUUAGGAUAUCCCUGCAAUUGCCAUUUGUAGUAACUAUUAAUUCUGUUUGCUUCGGGUCUUCAACCCAUUUGUUUAUUACAAUUAAUGCAAUUGCUUGGAUCUGGAAACAUGAUUCUCAUCCAGUUCAUAUCACAUGCAAAUGCUGUUCCAACAUUUAU